ACUACAACAGAACUAGACUGACCAUUCUCCAAAUCCACCUUUCUGUGCCUGACAAAGUAACUGGAGGAACUGCAGUAAACGAAACGCAAGACCACGAAAAAUUGGUACAGGAGGGAACGUAACACGUUAAAGAGGAAAAUAAUCGGGAAGGAGACUAUACAUAAAUUCCGUUUGUGGACCGAAGUGCUCGUAGCGAACAUCACAUCACUGUUUGAGGCAUCGGAGUCGUUUUUCCGCGACUUUUUGCUCGGCGAUUUUCCGCUUUGACUUUUGCGAACCAUCCGUAGGCCAUCACAAAACUAAGGGCUCUGUUGCCAAACCGACAAACGUCAAAAGAAAUUUAUCGCUUCUUCGUGCAGUUCCUCACAUUUAUCAUAUAAAAUAUUCCCCGAAAGUACUUAUCGUAAUACAAACUUUGUUCAACAACAAAGAACAAUUGUUUUUGUAUGAAAAUUAUUCAAAAAAUUGUCACACAUGACAACCAGGUGGUUAAAAAUAAACAAAUGUCAAGUAAACAAUAAAAACAAGCCUCAUUUACCUAUUCCGCAGAUUUUAUCCCAACAAAUUCACGUUUAAAUGCAAAAAAACUGUAACAUAACCACCACUUAAUACGGUUUAUGAAUAAUAAUCAAAUAAUUAAAAAUUCGAACCUAGCGACAUCUACAUAAUAAAAUUUAAAACAAAAUCGUUGCACCAGAGAUGGCGCCAUACCACAAAAAGAAGAAGAAGACGAUCAAUUUUUGACGUUUAAUAACCUAGAAAUAAACUGUACACAAAAUGUCAAGAAAUAACAUAAAAAUUCUUCCGGGGGCUCUAGUAUGCGACGAGUCCAAACUCAGGGGCGAUAUUACGAUAGGGGCUGGAACUAUAAUACACCCCUGUGUUAAUAUUAAUGCGGAGGCUGGCCCUAUUAUAAUAGGGGACAGCUGUUUGAUAGAAGAGCAAGUCUCCAUAACGCAUAGGUUACCUUUCGAUCAGCAAGAAAAAGAAAAUACUCCUGUGAUGAUAAUUGGGUCCCAUAACGUCUUUGAAGUUGACUGUACAGUGGAGGCGGCCAAAAUUGGCAAUAGCAACGUUUUCGAGGCAAAAUGUUAUGUCGGGCCUAGAGUUACGGUGUCAAAUGGUUGCACAAUCGGGGCUGGGUGUAGGCUGACCGAAGAGCAAAUUUUGAAGGAGAAUAUCACGGUUUUUGGGGCGGAUUGUCAAAUGAGGGAGGCUAUCGAUGUGCCAGCUAAACAAACUUUACAAAUGGACACCUUGAUGAAAAUGCUACCAAAUUAUCAUCACAUUAAAAAACCCAACAAAAAAACUGAUGCUUUUAUAAAACAAAUUUAAUCAUAAUUUUUUAAGUUUAAUUAUUUAAUAUAAUUGUAAAA